AUGUGUCUCAGCCCUGGAGAAAAGGGCCAGGGUGGGGCCACUGCUGCCGAGGACAGGACAGGCAAGGACAAACUCUGGCUACUCCAGUGCGGGCAGGAAACCAAGAGCCGGACCCCCGACUCAGCCAGCCAGCAACCAGGGGCCACCGCCCUGCGCCUCCGUGCCUGGCCUGGGGUCCGCUGCGCCCCUAACCCACCCCAAGGGGCCGGGCCCGCCUGUCUCUUCCCUUCCCGGUCCGUUCAGGGGGCCCCCGCCGGCAGGCCCUGGCAAGCUCCCAGCUCUCGCCCUGACACCCCGCACGAUCCCGAGGGACCCCCACCCUCCCGCGAUCGGUGGGCGAGGCCCCAGGUGCUGGCGGUGCCUCCGCCGGGGCAGGCAGGCAGGCAGGCACGAGCCGGGGUCCCCAGCCCCAUCAGCUGUCGCGGGGGCCCCCCGGGGUGCGGGGGCUGCGGCGGGGCGCGGCGGGGUUUGGGGGGCCCCGAGGGGGCGUCGGGGGGCGCCCGCGCCGUCGCCGCCCAAGCCCCCGCCGGCAGACAAAGGAGGCGGCGGGGGGCGGGCGGGGACCAUGGGCCGAGGGGGCGGGGCGGCGCGGUGUCACGUUACCGCCCGCAGCGCCCUUUAACUCGGGCCACGCCCCCCGGCCACGCCCCCGGCGGGGCGCAGCCAAUCGGCGCCCGCCCCGGCCGCGCGCGCCAGCCCCGCCUCCCCGGGUGGGUGUGCGCGGCGGGCCAAUGGGCGGCGCGCGGGGGCGGCGCCGGCCAAUGGGCGCGGUGUUGUCGCCGCCGCGGCCACGCCCCGUAUGCCAAGCGGGCGGGCGCCGCGCCUAUAAAAGGGGGCGGCGCGCCGGGCUGGGCGGUCGAUCCAGAGGCCCAGUGCGCUGCGCUCCGGUGGGUUUCCGAACCCACCCGAGCCAGGCCCGGCGCAGACGCAACCACGGCAGGCACGGAGGGGGCGCGGCCGGACGAGGCGACCGAGCAGCCCGCGGCGGGCCGGAUCGCCAGGUCGCCGGUCAUGCCCGCCGCGUGUCCUCGCAGCUCCUCGCCCAGGGAACGCCUGGCGUCGCGGCGCCCCGGCUUCCCCGCCCUGGCGCGCUCCAGCGCCUGCCGCAGCCUCUUCGGGCCGGUGGACCACGAGGAGCUGAGCCGCGAGCUGCAGAUCCGCCUGGCCGAGCUCAACGCCGAGGACCAGCGCCGCUGGGACUACAACUUCCAGCAGGACAUGCCGCUGCGGGGCCCCGGGCGGCUGCAGUGGACCGAGGUGGACAGCGAGUCGGUGCCCGCCUUCUACCGCGAGACGGUGCAGGUGGGCCGCUGCCGCCUGCUGCUGGCGCCCCGGCCCCGCCCGCCCGGCGGCGCGGACGACGACAGCGCGCUCCCCGCCGCCGCCUCCCCCGACGCUCCCCCCGAGGUCUUCCCCGAAGCCGAGGCCGAAGCCGAGGCCGAAGACGCCCCCGAAGACGCCCCCGAAGACGCUCCCGAAGUCGUCCCCGAAGACGCCCCCGAAGAUGCCCUCGAAGACGCCCCCGAAGACGUCCCCGAAGUCGUCCCCGAAGUCGUUCCCGAGGUGCCCGUCCUGGAGCCGGAGCCCGAGGAGGAGCCCGAGGAGGAGGAGCCCGCCACUCUGCCGCUCAUCGACGAGGUUGUGGCCCCGGAGCCCGAGCCGAUCGUGGUGCAGCCCGAGCCCGAGCCCGAGCCUGAGCCCGAGCCUGAGCCCGAGCCUGAAGCCGAGCCCGAGCCCGAGCCCGAGCCCGAGCCCGAGCCCGAGUCCGAGCCCGAGGAGUCUGAGGACGAGGCGCUGCUGCCCAGCGCCCCGGAGUCUCCCGCCGAGCAGCAACUCCAGCUGCUGCUCCCCGUGUGCCCUGCGCCGGCCCCGGGCCCGGCUCCUGCUCUGGUCGCCCCUGUGGCCUCCUGCGCCGCCCCCGCGGCCACCAGCGCUCCCGUCGCCUCUGCCAGCACCGCAGGAGGCGCCGCCGCCGUCAAGAAGCUCCCCGGGGCGCUCCUCUCUGGGAUCCCCGGCGCACCGCGCCCUGACCGGCUGCUCGCGCUGUCGCCCUCAGAUUUCUUCGCCAAGCGCAAGAGACCCGCGUCUGACAACAAGGCCGCCAACGAGGUGCCCGCCGGCUGCCCUGCCGCGCCUUCUGCUCCCUCGGUGGGCUCGGGGGAGCAGACGCCGCGCAAACGCCUGCGAUGAGGAGGUGAGCGCAGGACCACCCCGGGGUGGCCAUUUGGAGAGGGUGCGCGCGCGCCCCUUUGCGCUCAACGCCAUCCCCGUUUUCUCUGCUUUUCUUGCAGUUUUCGGCCCCGAGAG